GCUCCUUUUGGGCCCCGGGAUCCACACAGCCACAUACCCGCUCCCUCCCCUAUGACAAACGCUGCUGACCUUCAUCUGCCCUUGCUGCAUACCUACCAAACCACCAAACCGGGGUGGCCACCGUUUCGUCAGCCUCAAAAUGACUCGUGAAGACAAUGCCGCCCGGCCGUGACGACCCUGACCGUUCGUUCCCGGAUAUCUACAGGGGCAUCCUGCCCGUCGUCCCGCCCGACGGCGCCAUCGAGAACGCGUCGCGCAACAAUGCCGCCACCGCCGCCUCCGCCGCCGGCGUGCGCGCCCUGAGCGCCCAGGCCAUCGCCUUCUACUUCCGCGCGCCCGUCAAGGCCUUCUUCCGCACGCGCGUCGACUACCUCGCCUACGCCCGCGUCGUCCACCAGUCCCAGACCGAGCUGCUGGCCCGCGCCGCCGCGAGCGCCAGCGCCGGCUCCGCCCCGCGCUUCGGCUUCACGCUGCGCCAGGCCUGGAUGUGGGCGCGCGGCACCACCCCGGGCCUGCUCGCCGCCGUCGUCCGGCAGCACGGCUGGGGCGUCAUCCCGCAGCAGAUUCUCCCGCCGCUCAUGGCCAACGUCGGCGUCGGCGCCGUGCUCUACACCAGCUACCUGCAGACCCUCGCCCGGCUGCACGAGGAGAGCUCCAAAUCCCCGCGCAGGGUGUUCCCCCCGCCCCCGCCGGCCGACACCUUCGCCGCCGGCUUCCUGGCCGGCAGCAUCCAGAGCGUCGUCGCCGCCCCGCUCGACGCCAUCCAGGCGCGGUUCGACCACCGCGACCUCAUGGCCGGCAGCGGGGACGGGAAGCCGAGGAGCAUGUGGUCCUUCUCGGCCGAGAAGCUGAGGGAGAUCGGCCUGCGCGGCGUUUUCGCCGGCUGGGGCAUGUCCUUCCUGAAGGACAGCUUCGGCUGCGCCGUCUUCUUCAGCACGUUCGAGUACGUCAAGGCGCAGAGCUUCUACCGCUUCAUCACGUGGUACUACGGCGGGCUGCGGCCGGACGUCGUCGACGUGCUGGCGCAGAAGCGGCCGUCGGCGCGCCGAAGCGCCCCCGACGACGGCGGCAGCCACCCCGUCGUCAUACGGCCGCACUACGCGAUCGAGCCGAUGUUCCUGCUGCUCGCCGGCAUCACGGCGUCGUUCGCCCAGCAGGUGAUCCUGCACCCGCUGACCCACGUCCAAGUCGAGCACUGGGACCACCUCGAGGACCUGGACGAGAAGGCGGCCAAGAUGAGGAUGUCGGCGGCCAAGAACCCGGACAAACCGAAAAAAAAAUGGCGCAUGCUCCGCGCUUACUACCACGCCUACCGAGAGACCUGGGCGCAGUGCACCGCAGAGGCCCAGGCGGAGGGCCGAGGCCUGGCCCGGUGGCUGUACCGCGGGUUUUGGCGGAACACCAUCCGGCAGGUGCCGAGCACCAGCGCUGGCUUGAUCAUCUUCGAAUUGGUUCGGCGGAAAUACGGCUCCGGCAACGAGCCGGUGCGUGUCGCGAAGGACGGUUACGAAAUCCUGCUUGAUUAGAUAUCGAAUGAGGUUCCCGGGCUUUUGUUUUGGGGGUUUGUGUUCGGGGCGUUAGGUCUGCAACUGCUUUUAUGAGCUAGAGAGGUCACCACUCGGUAAAAGACAGGAAGAUCCCCUAUUCGUCGCUACCAUAGACUAUUAUAUACGCAAGUACAAGUUAGACUUAGAUGAUCUCUUCUCUUUUCACUUCCUCGCUCCUUUUCUUCCUUCUCUCGGUCUCUGUUUUGCUUUAUUGCCUGCACUCCGGAUGAAGGGCUCCAGCGGAAGAACUUGCUUCUCCGGCGUGACGCCGCCGUAAAGCUGCUCCCACCUAUACUCCCAGGCCUGGGGAAUCAGCCAGGCGUAUUCGGGGUCGCGCAGCCACAGGCGCAGGAGAUGACGGCUUAGGCGGAAUGAGCGUCAGCCCCC